UUGAAUCGAGCGAAUGCGGCGGCGGGUUACGAUGCGCAGCGCGUUGUAUCUUUAUUAUUAAUUAUUUGUUGUUGCUGUUUACUCUGUAUUAUUUCCCAUCAGCCGGUGACUGCCCGCGUAUCCGUGUAUCCGUGUAUCCGUGUAUACGUGUAUCCGUGAGCGUGAAUCCGUGUGCGUGCGUGUCCGUCUAUCCGUGCGUCUAUGCGUUUUUUUCGCCGCCAACGGUUAAAAGCGGCUCCAGCGGCUCCAAAAAGCACCGAAAGCCACGAAAUUAACGCGCGCGCCCCCUCUUUGCCACUGCCACUGCGUGCCCACUCGUGUUUUUUUGUGUGUGUCUAGCCAAAGUGCAACAUCGGCAACGGCAGCAGGAAUAUUGGAAUAUUGCAACAGCAGCAGAUAAACGAAUCUGCAACUUUGUAGAAGUUCGUUCGGUUUCAGAUCAAAACAAAAUCAUAGAAUAAAUACAUACAUAUACAUACAUAUAUAUAUCGGGUGAAAUAGAGAGAUAGAGCGAGCGAGAUAGCGAUAGAGUAUAUAUCAAUCAAUAUCGAGUGCAUUCAAAUUCCAAAUCGUGCCUAAUAAAAACCAAAAUGCAACUGCAACUGCAAUGCGGCCCCCCCCUGCCUUUACCUCUGUCCCGUUAGCGACGGAAGUGCCAGUGACGUAAUACUCCAGACUCCGAGCGGAGGAGAGGAAUGCAAAAGCGCGGCCCUUGUCGCCCGCCAAGCCCACGCCGACCCCCCUCGGCGGACACACGGAUUCGAUUGUGUAACAAAAACAACGCAAUUUUCAGUACGACACCUCGCUGCCGAGCAAUAUGCUGAGUGCCAGGACCUGGCCCUGGCUGAAAGUGCGUAGCAAAAGUAUUCACAUGACUGGCCAAGCCAUUCUGUACAUCAAGGUGUUCAAACUGACGACAUAGACCAGACCGUUCAGAGGGGAAACGAGUGCGCUGCGCCUAAAUGUCUUCCGGAAUCAAUUGUCGUGAGAUUUUCGUAUUUUUGGAAAUUUUGAUUUGGAAUCAAGCGAAACAGAGAAAUCGACAAAACAGUCAGCAUAGCAACAACAAUAGCGACGGCAGCAAAGAGACAAUAACCAGCAACCACAAAAAUCGCUGCAGCCGGAGAAGCGGCAACAACAGCAACACCAACAACAACAACAACAGCGCAGUGAAAGUGAUAAAGCAGCAGAGGCAGCCCCUGCCCCUGCCCCUGACACUGCCCCUGCCCCUGCCCGAAGCAGAAAAAAACAAAAACUCUCGCGGCAGCAACAGCAACAACAGCAGCAACAACAAUCUGCAUAUUCUGCAAAAGGGUUGAGCCAAUGGUUGAACAAUUAAUCAAGAAAUCAUUGAUAAAUCGCUUUAAAAAUACAACAAAAACAAGCUAAAACAUACGCGAACAAGUGUCUUAUUAAUAAAUAGUUAAAAAAAAAACAAAAAAACAAAACAAACAAACAAGCAACAAUAUAUAACAUUAUAUAACCAGAU